CCUUAAAAAAAGAAAAACAGUAUUGUUUUUUUGGUUGUUUUUUGAGUUUUCUUAGAAUAGAUAGACAAAACUUUACUCUACAAAAGGAUUGUGCAAGUUUUUUUCUUAUUGUUGUGUUAUUUUUUUUGUCAAUAGUUAUUGGACAAUAUGGCGGCUUAUGCACAAUUUGGUUAUUCUUAUCCGUCGGCUUCACAGCUAUUAGUCUCAGGUCAAACUACAACUACAGCAGCCAGUAGUGCAUCACCAUUAUCGGGCUCAAUGAGUCCAGGUGGUUCAGCUGCGUCUGGUGGUCCUGGUGCACUAUCACCAGGUGGCGGUGCUGGGGGUUCAAGUAAUCAAGGGCCACCAGGUAGUACUACCACAGGUUUGGGACCAGGUAGUACCGGUCUAGGACCGAGUAGUGGUGGACCUACCGGUGGUUUAACCUCAAGCACAUCUAGUGCAUCUCAGUGCUGUGAGAGUGGACGACCCAUUGUUACGGAUCCUGUAACUGGACAAAGUGUAUGUUCGUGUCAGUAUGAUUCAGCUCGUUUAGCGCUGUCACAGUAUCCACGUGGUGUUGGAGUCUAUGGUACACCAUAUCCAUCAACUGAUCAAAAUCCGUAUCCAAGUAUUGGUGUUGAUAGUGGUUUCUAUUCAUCGUUGAGUAAUCCUUACGCGUUAAAAGAUGGAAGUAGUUCGGCAGAAAUGUCAGCAUGGACAAGUGCUGGCUUACAGCCAACCACAGGAUAUUAUCCCUACGAUCCAGCGUUAGCUGCUUAUGGAUAUGGUGCAGGGUAUGAUUUGGCGGCACGUCGAAAAAAUGCAACAAGAGAAUCAACGGCAACGUUAAAAGCAUGGUUAAAUGAACAUAAAAAGAAUCCAUAUCCAACAAAAGGUGAAAAAAUUAUGUUAGCAAUUAUAACAAAAAUGACAUUAACACAAGUAUCAACAUGGUUUGCAAAUGCAAGACGAAGACUGAAAAAAGAAAAUAAAAUGACAUGGGAACCAAAAAAUAAAACAGAUGACGACGAUGAUGCAAUAUUAUCAGAUAGUGAUGACAAAGAUAAGGACGAUAUGGAUGAUAAACGAGAUGACACAGAUAUUCAUGGUAGAGUAAAAUCUGAACGGGGUAAUCUAGACGAUGACGAUUUAACGGAUGACGAACGAAAAGACAAUUUACACCACAUGCAUCAUAUGUUAGGCGGUGGUAAUUAUAAUUUAAAACCUGAAAUGAAAACAUCCGAUUGUGGUGUACCGUUACCUGCAUCCAAACCAAAGAUAUGGUCCUUGGCUGAUACAGCUGCAUGUAAAACACCACCUCCACCUCCCCCCGUAUCAAAUCCACACCACUUACAACAUCACCCACAUCAUUACCAACAGCAAGCGGCUGCGGCUGCGCACCAUCAUCAGCAACAACAACAUCACCAACAGCAACAACAUCAUCAUUGGUUAACCUCUGGUGCUGGUACUGGCGGACACUCAAAUAAUGGUUUUGCACUACCAACGAGUUCUGCAAGGUAUGCUGGCAGUUCUGGCUUUUUACCAAGUCACUGUCAACAGGGGUUUCCUGAUGUACAAACAGACACACCACCACAAACACCACCCAACAUGAAAUUACCAAGUGUUGCCGGUAAUUUAGUAUCAGUACCUGGUGGUGGGCAAGCGUCAAGUCAAUGUCAACCUACUACCGGUUAUGGACCACCACCUAGCGCAUUUUUAGCUGGUUCUGGAGGUUUUGGUCGACCGUCGCCGAUUCAACAACAAACACAACAACAGCAACAACAUCAAAUGGGUAUUGUUCAGUCACAUCAGCAGGAUAAUACAGCGUUUAAACCGUUUUACAAAAGUACAUCACAAGCAAUGUCCGGUGGAUUUGUCGCGCCUGUGUGAACAAUCCUGCUACAAUAAUAAUAAUAGAACAAAACAAAAAUAAAAAAAACUUUAACAAGUGCAACCCUUUCUACCUGACACAAGAAACACAAGCAACAAACAAUUAUAAAGAAAUCGAACAAAUUAAGCAAAUAAUAUUGUGAAUCAUUUUUUAAUUUAAUGAUUUGUGUAUAUAACAAAAUUCAUUUAGAUUUAUAUCACUGUGAAGAACAAAUUUCUUGUAAUUAUAAAAAAAAAAUUUACGAAUGCUCGUAGUUAUACAAAAUUAUGGGGGCAAAGUGCAACAAAAAAAA